AUGUUACCUAUUGAAGGGUACCAAGAUGCACCUUUAAUGCCAUUGGAAGAAGCAGUUAAGCCUAUUAAUCAUUUAUUUGAUGGAGAUGGUUUAGCAGGAAAAAUAUGGACAUUAAAAGGCCGAUGCAAAACUCCUGCUGAUGGCUUAUCACCAGAUGAGUCUGCUUCGAUUAUGCUCUAUACCGUAGAAUGGGCUACAGCUGAAAAAAGUUUAUAUUACAUUUUGAACAAAACUCUACGUAUCGAAGAUCGCAAAAUGUUAAGACCAUGGUUUCCUUAUUUGAGAUUAUUUAUCGGUGCACUGCUACGACUUCCUCCAAUUCAUGGUGCUGUUUAUCGUGGUGUUAAAAAUGAUAUAAGUGCUGAUUAUCCACUACAAACCGAGCAAAUUUGGUGGGGUUUUAGUUCAUGUACGGAUGGUGUUGGCGUUCUUGAAUCUGAGCAAUUUUGUGGUACGAGUGGUAGUCGAACGAUGUUUCACAUAACAUGUUUUGAUGGUCGAAAUAUUAGAAAUCAUAGUUUUUAUCAUAGUGAAAACGAAAUUUUAUUACUGCCAGGUCGAUAUUUACAAGUACAUAGCUGUUAUAGAGCUGAUGAUGGAUUACGUAUCAUACAACUCGAUGAAAUCAAGCCUCCAUAUGAACUUCUCAAACUUCCUUAUAAUAGCCCUUGGCGCUGUAUAAAACCUGAAAUUGCUUUACCUGAUAAUAGUCCUUGGCGUCAUAUAGCACCUGGGAUUUCUCUUCUUGGUACAUGUACCAAUCCUACUUGUCAAGCUUUCCAGCAAGAAGUGAUUAUUCCUAUAGGUUAUCGAAAAUUUAACGUACUCGCAGAUGCUGAUUCAUCUAGUAUCAAAUGUCCAGUAUGUGAAAAGUAUGUUGAUAUAACAAAAUUAGGUUUCAAUGAAUGUCGAUGGCGAAUAAACGGUAUCGUGCAACCACAAAAUUUGCAAGCACCAAUUCCGUUCUCCGAGAACUGGUCAGAUACACGUGGAGAUUCACUAAAGGAAUUUAACUUACAAGAAUUUAUUUGGAGAAAACUGAUAGUCGAAGCAGAACCAUAA